GCGGACGAGUUGUCAUGGCAACUGUACAGCAUGUGUUUACUAAAACUGGAGCUUGACCGUUCACCGACACUUCUCUCCACUCGACAUCUGCGACGCCAUCUUAUUCUUGAAGCGUCUGUCGGGGGGAGCCAGGGGGAGACGGACAGACCGACCGAAGGUGCUGCUUCCAGCGGGAGAGGAGCGGAGAGGAGCGGAGAGGAGCCGCGGUAAGAGAGUCGAGGAUGAGCGGAGCCAAAGCCCGCAGCGACGCGCCUGUUGCUGAGGACGUCUCCGGCGGCGGCGGCGGCGGCGGCAGCGGCAGCGGGCACGGCACUGCGGCUCCUCCGCGGGACCGCAAGUCCGGCGGAGGGGUCCUGAAGAGGCUGAAGUCCCGGAGGAGCCAGGUGGACAGCAGGCCCGUCACGGAGGAGGACCUGCGGGCGCGGAGCGGACACAUCUCGCCGGAGGACGUGCUGGGACUGCGGGGGGCGACGCGAGGGUACCUGUGUAAACCCGAGGACAAUAUUUACAACAUAGACUUUGUGCGCUUUAAGAUCAGAGACCUGGAGACGGGCACCGUCCUCUUUGAGAUUGCCAAACCACCAAAUACAGAGGAUGAUGAGGAGAACAGAGAGGCAGACGCCAGCGCAGGCCGAUUUGUGCGCUACCAGUUCACCCCGGCCUUCCUGCGCCUGAGGACUGUGGGAGCGACGGUGGAAUUCACAGUUGGAAACCGGCCGCUCAACAACUUCCGCAUGAUUGAAAGACACUAUUUCCGCGAUCACCUGCUGAAGAGCUUUGACUUUGACUUUGGCUUCUGUAUCCCAAACAGCCGUAACACCUGUGAGCACAUCUAUGAGUUCCCUCAACUGUCUGACAGCCUAGUCCGUCAGAUGGUGGAGCGUCCGUACGAGACUCGCUCGGACAGCUUCUACUUCGUCGAGAACAGACUGGUCAUGCACAACAAGGCAGACUAUGCUUAUAAUGGAGGACAGUGAUAUCUGCCUGCCAGCAUGGAAACACACACCCCAAACAAGUGCAUGCACACACACACACAUGUGCACGCACAUUUAUAGAUAUAUAUACAAACAGACAUGCAUGCACAUGGCUGAACAUAAAUACAGUUCAUUCACUCAUACAUUCAUCAAAGCUGGCAUUUCGGGGGAUGUAUUCGAUAUUACGUGAGGUCAAUAUCAAUCUGACGUACAAACAGGAUGCUUCCGUCAAAAAGACAUAGAAAAUGGGCCAAUUUAUCUACUUUUUAAUUCUGGACCGAUGACUUUAAAAUCAGUGGCUGUGGGUCAUUUGUCCAAAACAGACCAAACGGUUAAUAAAUAGAUGGUUAGUGUCCUCUUAGCAAAUUUAAGUGUCCUACCACCCACUCAAACAGACACACACACACAUGCACACACUCAAUCCCCAAUUGACACACAUAAUGUUUACGCAGUGUUUGUCAGAAGCAGCUGUUCUCAGAGCUACCGCCUCCACAAUCCACUCCAGACAAUAUCUGGGGAGAAAGAGAGAAGCCAUCCACAAAAACAUUCCUGUCAAACACACAUGGUCACUCCUGUAAUCCUCUCCCCACCCCCUCAUCCAACCCCAAACCCCCUCGCCCCUGUCCCCCCUUUCACUUUCAUGAACACAUCAAAAUAGUACUGUACAAGAUAAAAAGGUCUCUGAGAUAUCACUCUCUAUUUUUGUUUUGCAGCUUUCUCUGUUUGAUAGUAACAAACAUUGAAACAAAUCAGGGAACAGUUAACUACAAUGUAAUUCUAACAUUUGACUGCGACCAAAUAAACCUUGAAUAAUGGACAAAGGUGAAUAGAGAAAGGCAGAUCUGAUUUCAUAUCGUGAUGACGCAUGUGAUGAUGUAAAAAAAGGGAAUUUUUAAUAACUUAUUUGGUUUUCAGUGUGGAAAAAAUAAAAAAGGAAGAUGGUGGGCUUCCUUGUGUGAAAGUCGCAUCAAUUAUUCUCCAUCUUAGUUUAAUCAUCUGUAUUUUUAAAUCAUUCUCCUAUCGUGCACAUCUUUAAAGAUCAACAUCAAGUUAGAACUUCUAUGUAGAUAGCAUACCUCGACUUUGUACUUUGUAAACUUCGGUGUUCAGGGUUAAAGGUUGUGUUUGUAAGAAAAUAAAUUAACUAUAUAUAUAUAUAUAUAUAUAGUAAAAAGUGACAAAAUCAAUUAAACGUACAUUUUGAAAUACAA